AAAUAUCAUCAGGAAGAAAGCGAUAUCCCACGGGGGGUCACGGGGAAUCCAACCCUCAACUCAGGGUCACACUCGUGCAACAGUGAGGGCAAUGGAAACUGGUACACGUACCUGUGCAUACAGGUAUACAAUGACUAAUGUCAGUCCCUAAUGCAGGUAUGAAGCGAGCGAACUUAAUGUGUAAACGAUUCACAUGUCAGUUAAAUGUACUUCAUGCUCCAUAGACAAGGAAAUGCUUCAAUGUUACGUCACGCCAGAAUUCGUUAUAAAUAGGACUAUUUCGAGGACCAACUGUCAUUAUCAGUUCUACGUUAUACAGGACGCCCGUCCAAAACAAAGUGACUAUUUUGCUCAACUUACCUAUUUCUUCAUCCUACCAUGGUUUUCUCAAUGCAGAGUGCUGUGAAUUGUACAGUAGUUGGUGACGGAUUCGUCGGAAAGUCUUGCCUCGUCCAGAAAAUAGCCGGCGGAAAAUUCCACCAGGAGUACGUAGCUACCUUGAAGGAUAACUAUUCCACCAAGUUGUCUUUGAACGGGGACAGUUUUGAAAUGAACAUCACGGAUAUUGCAGGAGAGCACGAAGACUUGUUCUCCCUGGAGGUUCCCGAUAUUUACAUCGUCUGCUUCAGCCUGGUGGACAAGGAUUCUCUGGAUAGUGUGGAAGAAUUCUGGAUCCCUGAUAUCCAGUCGCUUGACCAAUCCGUGCCAAUUGUCCUUGUGGGUACACAACUGGAUAUGCGGAAACCUUUCGACUCCAGACAUAUAACCUCCGAACAAGGGCAAAAUGCUGCCAAGAGACUGGGUGCAGACUAUUAUGUGGAAUGUUCCGCAAAGGAAAACUCCGGGAUCAGGGAAACCUUCCAGAAGGCGGUCAUGGCAAAGAUUCGAAACGAAAAGAAAAAGUUGGAAAUGAUCAAACGAAUGUUAAACAGAUGAACUAGGUAUUCUCUCUGAUAUUACAAAAGUAUGACCCCUGUGUCAGACCAAAGAAGAAUCGUAGGCUCAUUCAUUAGAGCUGGUACCGAGUAUACACAUACACGGACUACCCAAUGUGUUACAUUCCUACAUACAAGAAUGUAUGGGAAUAUAGGUUACAGCCAUACCAAGUGGACAUUCUAUGGAUUGCAAACGUCAGUGACUUCAGUUUCAAAGUGUGCAACAGGAAGUCAAUAACUUUCAAAUCCAGAACCUUCGACAGCAACAAAUACAGACGAUUGCUGAAACAGAUUUGUUUUAUUUGAAAUGAAAAAUUAUAUGCAAUUCAUGAUAAAAGAUGAAUUUAACAAU